AGCAGAAUGCCCGACGUUCAAACGGAAGCAGGCGCUACCAUUUUGAAACGCGGCACCGCUUAGCGCCAUGGAUAAGAGCCACACAGUGAAGCUCUUUGUAGGCAACCUGGCUCUGGACACCACUCAGGAAGAGCUGUCGGCCAUCUUUGAACCAUACGGCCAGGUCGUCAGCUGCAGCGUGCUGCGACAGUUUGCGUUCGUACACCUGCAGGGUGAGGGGGCUGCUGAUCGAGCCAUCCGAGAGCUCAAUGGGCGUGAGUUCCGCGGUCGUAAUUUGGUGGUGGAAGAGUCGAGGGGAAGACCGUUGCACUCCACAAAAGUGUUUGUGGGUAAUCUGAGUGGGAUGUGUACCACUGAAGACCUUAAGCAGCUGUUCCAAACAUUUGGGAAGGUUCUUGAAUGUGACAAAGUCAAAGGCUAUGCCUUUGUUCAUAUGGAAAAUAAAGAAGAUGCUCUUCAGGCUAUUGAGGCUCUGCAUGGCACCUCCUUCAAAGGUCGACCCCUGUCUGUAGAGCUAUCAAAGGUCCAGCCCAGUAAGCAGACCCCUACAGGGAAAAUCCCGUGUGUGAACUGUGGGAAGCAAGGCCACUACGCUGGAGAAUGUCCUGUGGGUAAACCUUCUCUGGAGCAGUACCAGAGUCAGGCAGCAGUCCUGGCUGCUGCUGCCGCUGCAGCUGCCGGCUUACCUCUACAGGUACAACAGAGCGUGCACAAUUCAGUCUACAACACCUCCACCUUUGACCCGACAUACGCAGCUCUCACAGGGAUUACCACUGGCACACGUACUGAUGGAAACCCAGUGAACCCAGCUGUUUAUGGUGCUCUUGCCAGUCAGGUGUAUGGUGCCAAUGUUGCCAGUCAGCUCUAUGGGACGGUGGCUAGUCAAGCAGCUCUUACAUCAGGGGCUACACAGGUAUACAACUCAAUGCCCAAUAUCUAUGGCCAGGUGGCUGCGUCUCCAGCAGCGGCUGCUGCUGCUGCCGCUGCCGCCUACUCAACUCCAAUGUACACCCAGACUAUGGCCAAUCCUGCUGUCUACCUGGCUGCUGCUCCAGGAAUAGAAAUGCCAGCAGCAGCAGUCAAUCCUGCUUACUCUGUAGCUCCUGCAAUUUAUGGUGCUGCUACACCAGCCUACGCCCACAUCAGCGCCAUGGGAGCAGCAGACCCUACUGCAGCCCUCUUCGAGGCAGCCAGGCAGGUUCAUUACUUUGCCCAAGGGCAGCAUGUUGUGGCCGAGCAGCAGUCUGCUGCUGCAGCCGCAGCAGUAGCAGUGGCAAAGUCUGGUGAGAGGGACCGCAGUCCCCUACGGAGGUCAGCGCCUUUACUACCAGACCCUGUGAUGAAGCCAUUUAUAUACCAGAGGGCCAAACCACGCAGGCCCCUGCUCCCCACACCUGCUGGCCGUGCAGCUGAAGAGGCUGUAGAAGUUGCAGAGGACCCCAUGGCUAGAUACUACGCGGAGUACUACCAGCAGCUGCAGCAGUACUCCCAGUUCCAGUAUGCCUACCCACAGAGCACAGUGACAGCCAUUGCUGGAAUGCCGAUGGUCCCAGCAGUUCACGGCGUACCUGCGUUGUCUGCCCAGCCGGUUGCUACGUUGGAAGCGCUCAGGCCAGUGGUCCCCACUGCUGCGGCAGUGGCAGCCGCUAUCGCUGCGCCCAGGGUGUAUGAGCCGCCGUUGCCGCCGCCCACACGCAAGGAGGCCAUCCUCCACCGCCCCGAACUCUCCCUUCACACACCUGAUCCCCCCUUUCGAUAGUUGCACUCAACUCUCUGCCCCCUUCCUCUCCCUUUCUGCCCUGAACCCCUCCUGACAUACCUUUUUCCACUCAAACUUGAC